AUGACGUCGCUUCGACUACUCCUCCAGGUAGCAGUAACCGUAGCCCAACAAACCUACAAUGAAAUGUCUACAAUUGACUUAUUUGGAAAUAAAAAUCCAAUCUUUAACUAUAUGCCGAACCCUGGACAUGUUGAUCCCUCUCUUCUUGAUCAACGCGAAAAAUAUAUGGACCUGAGAGAAGAGGAAGGAUGGUGGCAUCUUUUUCCCUACGGACCACUUUAUAACGAUGCGAAUUUAUUAAAUAAACCACAUCAUGAUCGACAAAUCGACUUCGACUUUGAUUUUCCAUAUUAUGGUUUCCGUUUUAAUUACACCAUGAUUUAA